AUGACCCUCUGUCAGUCGCCCAGAAGCCAAGGGGCGUUUCAAGAAACCGGUUCUUAUAAAAGUACAACUAUUAAAUUGGGAUUAUCACCGAAGUUUGUGGUUCGGAGUGGCUUAGGGCUUGGGCUUCGACUAGCAGUUUUACGACUCCAUAAGGUUAGAGGGCCAUUCGAGCGAAGGAGCGGAGCAUGCGGUAAAUGGAUGAUGUUCUGGAUUGUCUUUGCAAUGUACACUUCGAUAGAAGCGCUAGCCUACAUUUUCAUUUCAUUCGGGUUUCCAUUUAAUUAUCAACCCAAGAUCGUUUUCGUCCAGUGGUUGCUGAGUCCAUGGACAAAAGGCGCAUCCAUUUCAUACCGAAAAUGGAUUCAUCCUACGCUCCCCAAGCAUGAGCGGGAUGUGGAUGCGUUGUUGGAGUGA